AAAAAAUAAGUGUAGUUUAUUAAUAUGAAAGACAUACUGUUGAAUUAGUUAACUUAAUUAAAAAAUAUGUGUUACUACACAUUCAAGUUUGUAAAUUACUUUUAAUUUUGUAAGUAGUUUUGUAAUUGCGCGAAGGUUACACGAGGUUCGUUACAGCCGCAGACAACCGGCAAAUUGUAGAUAGCUCGCGCGGUAGAAUCAUGAUUUUUACGAGAAAAGCACUUAAAUUACUAAACCAUCGCCUAAAAUGCUCUGGUGCGCGUUUAAUUAAUCGCCGUUGCCUACAAAGCGCCACCAACGGCGAAGUCCCUUCGGUAGAGGUCAGUUUCAGCAAUGGACGAAACAUGACCAUUAGCUCGGGCAAACUGGCGCGUUUUGCCAAUGGCACUGCCGUUUGCCAAAUGGGAGAUACUGCGGUAAUGGUCACUGCGGUGGCCAAGGCAAAGGCAACGCCUGGACAAAAUUUCAUGCCGCUUGUGGUGGACUAUCGUCUGAAGAAUGCAGCCUCGGGCCGAAUACCGAUGAACUUUAUGCGCCGCGAGUUGGGUCCAUCGGAGAAGGAGAUACUGUCGGCGCGUCUGAUAGAUCGUUCACUGCGUCCACUGUUUGCCAAGGAGUAUCGAAACGAGACGCAACUGGUGUGUAAUAUGCUGGCCAUGGAUGCGGUACACUCGCCAGACGUUCUGGCCAUUAAUGCGGCCUCCAUGGCGCUGUCUCUGAGCGACAUACCCUGGAAUGGACCCAUAGGUGCCGUUCGUGUUGGCCUGAACGAUGGUGAGGUACUAAUUAACCCCACGCGCCGAGAACUGCAAUCUUCGCAAUUGGAUUUGGUUGUCUCAGCCACCAAACACAACCUCGUGGUAAUGCUGGAAGGAAAGGGUAAUGUAGUGCUAAUGCAGGAUCUGCUGAAGGCCAUCAAGCAGGGCACGCGUGAGGCACAGCUUAUUAUCCAUGAAAUCGAACGUCUUCAAAAGGCUUAUGGACGCCAUAAACGUGAAGUGGAUGCGCUGCCAGAAUCGAAUCCAGAGCUGGUUCAGGCGGUGAAGAGCAUGUGCGAGAUGCGUCUGCGUGAAAUCUUCCAAGAUGCACAACAUGACAAAAUCUCUCGUGACACUGCCGUGAACGAGGUGCGUUCCAAUGUCAUUGACAAGGUGUGGUCGUCAUAUCCAGACACAGAUCCCGCAGCCAUUGGAGAGGAGUUCAACAAGGCUUGUCGUGAUAUUUUCCGCGAGCUAAUCUUCGAGAGUAACCGCCGCUGCGAUGGUCGCGACUACGACAGUCUGCGCAACAUUAGUUGCCAGGUGGACAUGUACAAACCGUUGCAUGGCUCGGCCCUGUUCCAACGUGGCCAGACGCAGGUCUUCUGCACGGUCAGUCUUGACUCGCCGGAAAGUGCCAUGAAGCUCGACACGUUGGCGGCACUGGACAGCGGUGGCCUGAAGGCCAAAAACUUUAUGCUUCACUACGAGUUUCCACCAUACGCCACUGGAGAGGUGGGCCGGAUUGGACCACUCGGACGCCGAGAAUUGGGCCAUGGUGCUCUAGCCGAGCGGUCCUUACUUCCCACACUGCCGCACGACUAUCCAUUUACGGUGCGCUUGACGUCAGAAGUGCUGGAAUCGAAUGGCUCCAGCAGCAUGGCGAGCGUCUGUGGUGGUUCCCUGGCGCUCAUGGACGCGGGUGUUCCAGUAACGGCGCCUGCCGCCGGCGUGGCCAUUGGGUUGGUCACUAAGUACGAGAACAAUGAUACCAAGCAUCUGCAGGACUACCGCAUCUUAACUGACAUACUGGGCAUUGAGGAUUACAUGGGCGACAUGGACAUGAAAGUGGCAGGCACGCGCAAAGGCUUUACUGCCAUUCAAGCGGAUCUCAAGAUACCGGGCAUACCGCUUAAAGUGGUUAUGGAGUCACUGCAAAAAGCAACCGAUGCCAAGUCCAAAAUACUGGAUAUCAUGGGUGAAAGCAUUAAAGAACCACGCAAAUACCGCAAGGAUUGCUGGCCUGUCAGCGAGAGUCUCGCCGUGGAGCCACAUCAGCGUGCUCAACUCAUUGGACCCAGCGGACUGCAUAUGAAGCGCAUCUAUUUGGAAACGGGCACCACCCUGACCCCUGCCGACGACAGUACUUUUACAGUUUUUGCCCCCUCACAGGCGGCGCUGGAUGAGGCCAAAGAGCUGAUCGAUGGUUACAUGCACAAGGAACGCGUGCCAGAUUUGGAAUUCGGUGGAAUUUACACAGCGAAAAUCACCGAGCUGCGGGAUACAGGCGUGAUGGUCACUUUAUAUCCAAGCAUGCCCCCUGCACUGUUGCACAACUCGCAGCUCGAUCAACGCAAGAUUGCGCAUCCCUCAGCGCUGGGCUUAGAAGUGGAUCAAGAAAUACAAGUCAAGUACUUUGGUCGCGAUCCUGUCUCUGGUUUUAUGCGUCUCUCCCGCAAAGUGCUACAGGGUCCAGCGGUGGGUAUUGCGCGUAGUCUAAACAAAGCGGCAGCCAGCGAGAAUAGCUCCUGAGGUUGCGGGAGAUUGGAACUUGUAAUAGCUCAAGCAGUUGUACUGUUAACAAUGUUGUUUCUGUUUUUAGAUUUGCGAUUAUAUUAUAUAUUAAGUUAUAAAUUUCAUGUAUAUACA